AUGGGCAGUAACGCUGAAUUGGAUAUCCCGAACUUCGAUGACCUACCCGAGGUUAAGGGCAUGCCGCAGGGCUGUGCCUGGGGCGUCUUCGACAAAGACGGGAAGAAGGACGUCCACGGAACACUGAAUCUGCUCACGCCCGACGUCAUCAAAGCAGCAGCCGCCGAGGUAAAGGAAGGCGUUUCGAUAUCCUUGAACUGGCCGCUCGACAGCCUCAAAUUCCCGCUGCCUGGCCGGCUCCGCCCCGUGCACAAGCACCAACACAUACGGGAAUCAGGCCUGGCGAGCGAGAGCUCCGACGAGCACGCAGCAGCAGCAGCAGUGGACGCCUGGGACGACAUCGUCGAGUUCAACACGCAGUGCAGCAGCCAGUGGGACAGCCUGUGCCACUACUCGCACCAGCCCAGCCGCCUCUCGUACAACGGCGCGCGCUGCACCAAGGACUCGCUGGCUGCCGCCGCCGCCUCUGACCAACAACAGCAGCUCCUCCUCCCGACGCUCGACCACUGGCACUCCCGCGGCGGCCUCGUCGCGCGCGGCGUGCUGCUCGACGUGCGCGCCUACCUCGACGAGGUGAAAGGCGUGCCGGCGGUGCUGGCCUCGGCCUGCAGCGGGCGCCGCAUCAGCGUCGACGAGCUCGAGGCCGUGGCUGCGCACCAGGGCGUGGAAUUCAGGCGCGGCGAUGUGCUGGUCGUGCGGACGGGCUUCACCGAGGAGAUGGACGGCUGCGAGACGGCCGAGGAGCAGAUGGCCAUGCUGGCGCGCGGCGCGCUGAGCGGCGUCGAGAACUCGGUCGAGGUGGCGAGGUGGGUGUGGGACAGGCACUUUGCGGCUGUUGCGAGCGACAGCAUGGCGUUUGAGGGCGUGGGCGCGGAUCCCGAGAAGGAGACGGGGAAGCCGUGGAGCUUGAGGGAUGAUAUGGUUCUGCACCAAUAUUUUCUCAGCAUGUUUGGCUUGUCGAUCGGGGAGAUGUGGGAUCUCAAGGCCCUCGCCGCGCAUUGCAGGAAGACGGGCCGGUAUAGCUUCAUGCUGACCUCUGUCCCGCUUCGUAUUCCCUGCCUCGUCGGCUCUCCUCCAAACGCUCUGGCAAUUUUCUAG